AUGGCUGCGAGAGCUUCUUCAGCUGUAGGCCAAGUACUCCUCUCACUCCACCACCCCGUCCGCAAUGCAUCCUCCCCCGCGCGGCCACGUGUAGCCGCAUUUCCCGGGCGGAGGGAGCUACUCCUGUUCUCGCUGACGUGGACGGCCUCGGCUGCCUUGGCAAGCGCCCCGGCAAAAGCGGAGGACAUCGGGCUGUUCGGUAUACGAAAGAAGCUCAAAGAAGCGGAGAGAGAAACAGAGGUGAUAGUGAAGGAAGGGUUCGACGCGGCGGAGAAGGGUAUCGAGGCGGCGGAGAAGGGCAUCGAGACGGCGGAGAAGGGUAUCGUAACGGCGGAGAAGGAGAUCGAGACAGUGGCGGGGUUUGGCGGGUUGGCGCAGGCGGGACUGGUGGCGGGAGCCGAGGUCUUGGGGGUGGUGGUUGCGAGCUCUGUUGUCAAUGCCAUUUUAGGCCCGGAAAGUUGAUCACCGCCGGUGGAAAUCUCCGAUUUAGUUUGAGCUUUUCUGUAAACUCUAUAAUGGUUUCAAGUAAAGUAUAGUAGUGAUUAUUGGGUGA